AUGGCUACCGGAUUCGCCAAAGAUCAGCCGACAGGUUUCAAGAACCAUCUUGAGAACAUCGCUGUUGUUGGCGCCGGAGGACAAGUCGGAAAAUACAUCGUCGAAGCCCUAAUCGCAAAUGGAAAACACAAAGUCACUGCCCUGACCCGCGAAGGCAGCAGCAACACCAUCCCCGCAGGCGUUCAUGCUAUCAGAAAGAUCGAUUACGCCCAACCCAGCACCAUCGCCGAUGCCCUCAAAGGUCAAGACGCAUUGAUUUGCACAUUAUCCGUCCGCGCAACCGAAGAAGCAGAAAAACUCAGCCGAGCCGCUGCCGAAGCUGGGGUGAAAUGGAUCUUGCCUAAUGAGUUUGGAAACUCCAAGAACAGCGAACAAAUCGAUCGGGAAAUCAUUAUUGGAGUCAAAAAGGGACAAGAUAGGAAACUCAUUGAGGAGUUGGCCGUGAGUUCGUGGAUCGGGAUUGCGACUGGCUUUUGGUACGAGUAUAGCUUGUCGGCGGGUGAGUGGAGUUACGGGUUUGAUAUCAAGAAUCGCGCCGUUACAUUCUAUGACGACGGAGCUAAGCAGAUUGAUACGACUACAUGGCCACAGGUUGGUCUUGGAGUGGCUAAUCUGCUUGCCCUCAAGGUGCUACCGGAGGAUGAGAAUGACAAGAGCACGACUUUGUCGCAGUUCAGGAAUGAUUUUGUCUGCCUUUCGUCUUUCAAGGUCAGUCAGCAACAGAUAUUUGGCUCUCUUUUGAAGGUUACCGGAACAAGUCGUGAUGAUUGGAAGAUCACCUCGGAACCGGUCAAAGAGCGUUAUGCAAUGGGCCAGGCGAUGCUUCAGACUGGUGAUCCUAGAGGCUUUGGCGUGUUGCUGUAUUCGCGAGCGUUCUACCCAGAUGAAGCAGGUCAGCACCCGCGUAAUGACAAUGCUGAUUUGGGCUUGCCAGAAGAAGAUCUCGAUGAAUGGACGACUGUCGCAGUCAAGAUGGUUGAGGAGGAUUACUUUUUGAAGGAAGUUCUUCCACGGACAACUGGUUAG